AUGCUGGAGAAACUGGGAGAGUCUAAGGCGAUAGCGAAGAAACGGUACCUCUCCAUGGAGAAACGGCUGAAUGCCAACCCGGAAAUGAAGGCAUUGUAUUCGACUUUCAUGCACGAGUACCUUUCCAUGGGUCAUAUGACGGAGGUAGUAAACGACGAUGAGGAAUCUGGUCCGGAAUAUUACUUGCCGCAUCAUGCAGUGCUGAAACCAGACAGCACUACUACAAAACUAAGAGUAGUUUUCAAUGCAUCGUGUUCUACGGAUUCGGGUGUGUCCUUGAAUGAUGUCUUGAUGGUGGGACCUGUCGUUCAAGACGACCUACGAAGCAUCCUUUUACGAUUCCGGUUGUUCAAGUAUGCUGUUGUAGGAGACGCAGAGAAAAUGUACCGGAUGGUAUGGCAGCACGAACUGGAUCAGCUGCUGCACAAGAUAUUCUGGAGAGAUUCGGUUCAGGAGCCAUUGCGGACGUACAAGUUAUCCACUGUGACGUACGGUACAUCAUCUACACCUUAUCUUGCCACUCGUUGUCUGAACAAGUGUGCUGAGGAUGGAGCAGAGCGCUAUCCCGUAGCUUCAGUGGUGGUCAAGAAGAGUUUUUAA